CACAGAUCGACCUCACAGAGUCCUGCUGCUCUGAUCAUCUCUGGCCACCAUGAUCUCCUACCUUCUCUUACCUGCCGUCAUUCUCUGUGUUGCCGUGUCACAACAAGUUACCAUUACGGAUGAGCUGCAUAACCAAACGUUCAGUGUUUUCACACAUGGAAACAGUACGACAAACCCAAACAAUAAGGCAACGGAUUUGUACAAAGAUCACCUGAAAGACAUUGAGGAUGAACUGGAAAAGAACACAUCUUUAAUUAUCACAGAGGAUGAUGAACAUUUCCAGGACCCACAGAAUGAAAUCCCACACAAGCAUUGCCACCGGGGUGAGCUAAUACAGUUCAGUCACCAGUACUGUGGACAGAUUUUUCAUGCAGAAAUGCAUGAUAUCCACAAAGAUGACUGGUGUGUCCUGAAACACAUUAUCAGAAUCUACAACAAUUUGACACUAUGUGUGGAGCUUGUGACUGUGUUAACUGACUGCUUUUUUCCAAAUCCUGACGUCCAAGACUUCUUCCUCUACAUCCACUCCACCUACUUCCAGAACUGCACGAAGAAAGAAGAGCUGCUUCAAGAUGCCCCUACCAGCCUGGUGGUGGCACUCACCAUCAUCGAAGUGAGCUUUAUCCCUGUCCUGGUUUGUCUGGUACUUUGGAAAAGUUAGGAACUGACUGGCCCAUACAAAAAAAUAAAAAGAAAAAAUUACAUAGCUUUGAACAUUUUGGCCACCAAAGCUUUUAGUAGAAGAUUCUUUGAUUCAUACAUGGAUUCAUUUCUGCAAACAAGUGAGCUGUGUAAAAUGUCAAACAGGUUUUAUCUAAAACCGGAUUUUUUUCUGUUUUUUUUUUUUUUUUUUAAUGAAGCAACAUCUCAGAAUCCGCUUUGCUUUUCAGGCACAAUGAUUAACACGACACAUAACUAUUAUUUUUAAAACGUAGUUUUAUUGAAGUAUCAAGACCAAACACUAAGCAAUAAAAUCAACAUUAAAAAACUAAUUCUCAUAAACAAAUGCUUCCUGAAAAUAAUGAUGAAAGAUGUUACAUUUUUGAUUGAUAAAUAAAAGUAAACCUUUGUCAAACUUUA